AUUACAUAUUUUUAUGUUAAGGGUUAUCAAAAUUUAAUUAGCAGAGGAAAAAUAACCAUUGCGAAACUGGAACCACUUAAAAAUGUGAAAGAAUAUGCAUCGAAAUUAUACAAGCUCUUUCUGAAGAAGGCGGAAGCUCUUGAGAAAGUUGUACAGGAUGUAGAAGAGGAGGCAACGAAAUACCCAUGGAACCCUCUGCUCAAAAACAUAUCCUUUGUGUCCUUGACGGAUAAGGGCGAAAACUUGACCAGGCAUCACUACUUCAACAUUCCCGUGAAUACAUCCCAGUCGGGUGUGUACGUGCCCUCCGAGGUAUACAUAAACGGCUACCAAUGGCCUCUGGAUGACAAAUUGCGCGCUUUAGAUGCUCGACGCCAAAGCUGGUACACACAAUACACUGGGGUCCCUAAGGACGUUCUUUUUCUGAUGGACACGAGUGGAAGUAUGCAUGGCCAGGCUCUACAUUUGGCAAACACCUCUCUGAGACUUUUGAUUGAAAACCUCAACAAAAAUGAUUUCUUCGCUGUUGCCAAAUUUCCAACCAAUCGCACUCACCUGACGCCAUCACUUAUCUACGGGUGCUUUAUCAACGGAUCCUGCUACGAUUCCCUCGUACAGGCCACUAGUUUGAAUAAGCAGCACGUUAUUCAGAAUGUUUUCCGCCUGACUGCUCAUGAUGCUGCGGACUACGACGAGGCUAUCGCGUUCGGAAUGAAACUCAUGAGUAUUGUGCGUAGUAAAGUGACCUUUCUCUUCUCUGAUAUUUCCGGAAGGCCAGCAUCAGCGCACUGCAACAAAAUUCUUGUUCUUAUCAGCGAUUCGGACAUCUACUACAACGAUACAACUGUCCAAAUUCUUGAGCGCUAUCAGGACUACGUCCACCUAUUCACGUACUCUCUGUCUACUAUUACUGCAUCGGGACCUCUGAAUGACGUUGCAAAAAGGAUAAACGGGGCAUUUGCGCAAAUACCAGUGAUUGGUGCCUUAUCAAAUAUCCUGAGGCUGUGCUUUAAAGUAACUAUUAAUAUUUUUGGUCUCAAGCACUUUACUGAUUACGCCACUCACUUCGGCUCCUCAAAGAAACUUCAUCCCCAGAAACUGGAUCUCGUUGUGCAUCAUGCCGCCGACAUUUUUCCAUUCAAGAUAGCCGAAGAGAUCGGUCCGAUGGCGAGCCUAACUAUGGCCGUUUACAACCGAUCGACUGGCCUCAGCCUUCUGGGCAUUAUGGGAACUGACGUUUCGGCGCGUGAGAUGGUAGAUUUACUUCAAACGUACCUGAAUAGCCCUACGGACUACGCCUUUAUGGUGGACAACAACGGUUUUGUCCUUUUCCACCCACUUCUGAGAUCCUAUCGCAAACUAUCUGCUCAAACAAUUGAUAUUGACAUAAUGGAUAUCGAAGCUUCAAACGUUACGGAGAUGUUGACGAUCCGGAAACACCUUAUUGACAAUCAAGAGGGUGUCACCAUUCUUGAUGACUUUGCCGUUUUUAUGGAUGAGGUUCACGCCCAUCGUACACUUCGGACAUAUGCGUAUACACCUAUUCCUGAAACGGACUACAGCAUUUGCGUUGUGACGGCUACAGAUCGCGAUAUUGAUGUUCAAUACCUCUCUCAGAAAGAGCAUUUAGACACUACAGAAGGGACUGUCUUAAUUGACGGGCGGGAUAUAUCAUCACUCCUUCUACCCGUAAAUGUAGUUUUGUCGCCAAUCCUCGCUAACUGUCGUAAGCCAAGCUUUUCGCGUAUUCUUGCACCACCGACGACAUUGACGACUACAACCACAACAAGUACGACCACAACAACAACACCAGAACCAACCACCACACAGUCAUCGACCCUCGACCAGGCGAAUACCACUUUGGUGCUGCCCCUGGAGGGCCUCUUCGCCAACGGUGGUCCCGACGGCUUCCCCGAAUUAUUCACCACCAUGGGAGAAAAUGCCACGGAGUUGAUGACGAAUGAAAGUCUGUCUCGAAAAAGACGUGACUGGCUUACAGAUUUCUUUGCAGACGAUCCUAAUGGAGUGGAACAGAUUAAAAAAGUCCUGCGUUUUGUCGGGGAAUAUGAUUUUGGCAACACAUACUAUGAGGGCCAUUUCCUGUCGGACCUCCUUGUUGGAUUGGACGUUCUGCAGGCGUGGGGGUCGUCACCAAUGUCUAAGGACGUCAUUUCCCGUUCAGUUUUUUUCACUUCUGGUCUGGGAUUCAUCUAUCCAUCACAAACUGUAUGCACCAUGACUAUUUGCGUUUGUCUAUUCAUGGUUUUGUCUAGCACAAAGCAGGAGUUUGAGCCACUCAUGACGGCUGACUUUGCAAAUUCGUCCAUCUGGCAACGUGUGCUCGAUUCACAUGGAUUACUUUUUUGGAUUCAACCAAAGCUGACAGGCUCGAGAAGGCUUCGAAAACCAGAGCCAACAGAGGCCAUAUCCGUCUGUCAGGUGACUCAGCCCAGUCGUGUCGUGCCUGUUCGCACACAAGGUCGGAACCCCUCGUGCCUGAUCUUGAAUGGCACUCUUACUUCACCUUCCCACCAACGACAGAACCAUCCAGUAAGUUUUACCACCGUGGAAUCGGAGGCGUCUCCUCAUCCGGCAGAAACUACAACAGUGUCAGACAAGGGAGUCUCAAGCACUGAUGAAUUGGACGUUACCACACUUUCAGAUGUCCCCUUAAAUGACACCGUUGGCACCGCGGAAAGUACUCUGAUGUCUGAGGUGGCCCAAGUGAAGCGCGUGUUGAGACAGUUGCGAGCCGAGGAUGUGCCACUCGAGGCUGCGCAGGGUGAUUUACCUGUUGCCAGCGAGCCGACGACUUAUGUAGAAGACAAAGUAACAGAGACCUCCUCUGAAAUAACCACAGAUGCUGGUUCGACAUUUGAUAGUGGCGAAACUGAGUCAACAACAACAACAACGAAAGCAUCAACAACGACUCCCCUGACCUCCACAACUACUUCGACGACAGCUACACCUGAAAUUGUCCCCUUGCCGAGCGUGACGGUGUUUUUGGGUGCUAAGGCCUCUCAAGGAGGGCUCACCAACACCUUUGCUGGUCUUGACACCUUUAUUCCCUUUAGAGUGAAGUACUACGACUACCAAGCAGUUUGCGAUUCUGUCCACCUCGGUGACAAAAAUUGCACCUCACCUGCGACCCGCCUUAUGCCGAGCGUUCUAAAGAGCCUCUGUCGAGUCCUGCAUCCCAGUUUUUGGGCAUCUCUUUUCCGCCACCUUUUAUCUGCCACUAUUAAAUUAGCACACGUCUUCAUUGCGUUACCGCAAAUGUUCACGAGUUUUUCCGGUGCUGCAGAUACCCUUGCCAUUGACCUCGGAGUUGACUACGUGAAUUGUGUCAAAUCGACUUACCGUUACUACGCCGCGGAUGGGGCCAACUUUGGAAAGCAGUCGCCGAGCUUGGCAGAGGUCAGCGGGAUCUUCACCUGUUCUCCAGAGUGCACCCGCGAGUGGUCAGCAUCAUCAAUCCCUGAAACCAACCUUAAACUCAUAAAAACGAGUCGCGUCUGCUCGUGUAUCAAAAAAGAAUACGACUGGAAACUCACUCCUUCAAUCGGUGCGUUUCACAACCCUCAGUAG